ACAGUUCAUUUUCACGCUGAGUCUCUCACAGAGAGCUUCAUGGAUUUUUGGGGGCAGCCAAGAGGGUCUGGGGCCUGUAACUUCUUAGGAGUCCCAGUCCUCAGCUCCUGGGACGUGGACGAUGAUGAGGGCGAGGUGGUCAUCGGCCUCAGGCCUAAAUCCUCUCCUCUCCCACGGAGAAAGAGCUCUGUGUCUGAUGAGGACUCGGAGCCUGAGCCUCCCAUGUGUGGCUCCAGGAGAGUUUCCUUCGCAGAUGCCAAAGGCCUCAAUUUGGUUCAAGUGAAGGAGUUCGACACGUGGGACGUGCCCAAACUGCCAGGAUACGACACAUCUGAUGGGGAAGGCAAUGAUGAAGAUGAAUACAUUCUUUCACCUCUUAAUUUUUCCCUCCCGUUAUUAACCGAGGAGCUACUGACCAAGGUCCAGGAGCAGAAAGUAGAGCUGGAAAAAAUUGAGUUACUUCCAGGGACCACAAUAGUAAAAGCGGUGGUGCGCGUCCUCAACAUCUCCUUCACUAAGGCGAUAUAUGUUCGAACAACUUUGGACUGCUGGUCCAGCCACUUUGACCUCCUGGCUGAGUACAUCCCUGGUUCCAGCGAUGGGCUGACGGACUGUUUCUCAUUCACGCUCACUUUGUGGCCUCCAUUUCGGGAAGAGGGGGCCAGAGUUGACUUUUGUCUGCGGUAUGAAACACCUGUGGGGACGUUCUGGGCCAACAACGCCAACAAGAACUACGUGCUGUCAUGUUUCCGCAGAACAAAGGAAAACGAUCAGCCACAGAAGGAAAACGUGAACAAGAAAAGCUGCCUCAAGACAGCCAGUUCGAACUCCAGCGUGGAAAACAGUUCAGGAAAGGAGUCGUCAACACAGGGAAAUAUUGCAGCAGAUGUGGCCAACAGUGGACUAGAGGGUGACACUUUGAAAUCUAAGAAUGAUCAGUCAGGAAUGUCAGAGGAACAUGGACAGAAAUUACUGAUUGAGAGUGGAGUAAACGACAGCCAAAGGAGUCGCAGAAAGGCUGCACGGAUGGCCCGGGUGAGGGACUACUUUGCUCAAAGAAACGGAGACGCCAACAACGCAGAUAGAGACGAAUCACCUCCAGGGGUACCACAGGCAGCUCGAGAAGAAACCCCAAAGGAAAGCCAUACAGAUGUGCAACUGUUUGCUGAGAGCAACCGCAAACCAGAAGGUUCCCAAGCAAAGUGCAGCAAACCCCUCCUCAGUGUUUCACAUGUUUUGUCACCAGCACUUGACCGAACGUCUGAGAACGAGCCAGAGAAAUCUGAGAGCAUUGCUUUGGCUGCCUCAGUCACAUUAGCAGAAGGUGAGAGUGCCACGGACAUCCAAGAUGACCUGUUUGAUAAUUUUGCUCAAGCAGAACAGCAACAUACCAAAUCUCAGGACAGUAGUCAGGAGGCAGACAUGGGUCAUGAAUACAUUAGCAGAACAGCAGUGAGAAAUGAAAGCCUUGUUGGCCAGACCAGCAGCUUCACAUUUGGCACUGUGGUGGCUCCGCUGUAUCACCAGGUGUUUGGCAGAGUGGGAAGUGAAAGUCAGAGAGGAGCUGGCUGGGAAAAUCCUGCACGGGCUACACUGAAUAUUGGAGGCUUACAUCCUCACACUGGCAUGAGACAGAUUAGUUGCACUGUUUCAACAGAUAUUAAAAGUAACAAUAGUAAAGCACUUCGAAAUGUGAUUAAUAACCAGAAAUCAAACCAGGAAUGCACAGACAUAGCACCAUGCAAUAAUCGUGUUGAAGAAGAAGAAGAAGAAGAAGAAGAAGAAGAAGAAGAAGCAAGUUUAAGUCUGACAUUAAAUGCAGAGACUCUGCAGGUUCUGGCUGGGACUGAAAAUACAGACCGGAGAUGCACAAGCACACUUAAGGGUUCACAAACUUGUUUAGAAGACACAUUAAGCUGUCCUGAGACUGUAAACAUUUUAUCGCAAGCAGAUUUGUUGAAUCCACAAAUACCGGCUGAGAGUUUACAUCCCUGGGGAGAAGCACAGGAAGACAGUGUAACACAUGACCCCCAAGGCCAAAUUACAGCAGACACAACACAGUGUCCACUCCCAGAGAAUCCAUGUACACAUGAUAAAACUAAUCUGGAUGAAACGCACGCAAAAAGCGAUACACAUGAAGUCAGGACCAGUCCGCAAACAUCAUUUGUAAAACUUGAAAGCUCUGGGGACCUGCUGGGACAUGUUAAUGAAGAACCUGACCAACAGAGCGCCGACUUAGAAGAAAAACGCCAUGAAUGUGAGUUAAUCAAAGCUCUGUGUCCUGGUAACGCAUCUUUUAGUGAGGUUAAACCAUGUGAAGACUUGCAUAAGUUGAAUUUGCACCACAAUGACAAUUCAGUUACAAAAGCAACUGUUCCUGACUGCAAACUUGUGGAGAAAUCAGAUUUCACAACACCCGAGACACUUCUGGAAGCUCGAGGAGAAACUAACAACAUGGGAGAAGGCAGUAAAAUGACACACGGCUCACUCAAAGAUGAAUCAAAAUCCUCUGGUGAAACUGAGGUAACAGGGGAGUUGGCUGAAUGCGUGACUACAGAGACACAGGAAAAAACAGAGCAUUGCAAAAUCAAAGCUAAGGAGGAGGCUCUCUGUUUAGGAGAAAUCACUGAAGUGAAGGACUGGGAAAUGAUGGUUAAAGAAGAAGAAAACAACAUUUUAAUACACGAAGAAGAAAGGGAGAUAGUAUAUUUAAAUCCGGGCGUCUGUGAAGUAAGAGAAAAAGAAAUUGAAAAUGAGGAAUUUGUCAAGGGGAGGGCAGUGACAGGAGUAGAAGAGGACAGCGAAACAAUCGGAGAGGCUGUCUCUGGAGAAGAUGGUGCCAGUACUGAGGUAGAAUGUGCUCAAGUCAUAAAGAUGAACAAAACAGGUGGAAGGGAAGAAUUAACUGAGGAGAACCAAGUACAAGAAACAGAGGGACCAGUAGAGACAGAGCUGCACACAAAAAAACACUUUGCAGGAAAAGAGGUCAGUAUUGAAUGGGCACACAUCCAAGAAAACGAGGAGAUAAAGGGAGAUGGGAAAAUAAACUUGAAUAAGGAAGGUGAAGGCGGAGCAGAGUGGGAGAAAGAACCAAAGGAGGGAAACGGAGAGGAGCUGGAUCCACGUUACGAAUUCCUAAAUUACAGAGCAGUAGAGGCGGAGCUUGUAGAAUCACAUUCACGUGUGGCGAAACAGGAACAAAAAGAUCCAGAACUGUGUUUGGAAGAGAAGUUAGAAAUUACAGGAAGCAAGGAUGGAGAGGUUUUAUCUGCUCUGGUGCACAGUGGGCUGAAGGAUGGCGACGAGAGCGUACCAGUGAAAGAAAGUAUAGGAGAAGAGCAAAGUGCACACAUUCAAACUGAAAAACAAUGUCUUCACACCACAAAAGCUCAGUCAGAAGAUGGAAAUGGUUGUGCCGCUGCAGAGGGGGGCGCUUUAACGGAUGAACCUGAAAGUGAUCAAACAAGCCAGGACAGCGCUUCAGCAGAGUCGGACUCGGGCGAUGAGGUGGAGCUGUACAUGCACUGCCUGAGGGCCGUCGGCACAGGAGGAUGGUCCCACGAAGACAAGAGCACUGUGAGCAAAAGGCCCCGUCUAAGCAGAACCAAACUGCUGUCUGCCACUAUGCCGCCCAUCACUGAAUAUCACGAUGAAGAACAACACCUCAGUUGCCUUCAGGAGAAGCUUGAAGACAGCAAUGCCGCUGUUUCCCCUGCAGAGGAGCGCAUGGGUCAGAGUGUUUUGUCCUGGACAGACACGUUUUCCUGUAGCAAUAUUGCAAAAUCACUGCUAUAUGCAACCCUGCUGGUGGUGUUUUUAGUUGUGGCAUACCAUUAUGACUUUUUUGCCUGUUUGGGCCUCUACUUGAUAUCUCUGGUUUGGCUCUGCUGCCGAGAAGAGAAGUAACCAGUUAAAAAUGACAACACAAUGGGCUGAAUUAAAAUGUAAUAAUAAUAAUUAAAAAAAACAAUAUGUUUGAUUUUAAAGGUUUUCAGAGUGUACAUGGUACUGAUGUGAUACCCAAUUCUUCUUCCAGUGAUGACUAAUGCAUGAUUUAGACUGAUUUUUGCAGGAGAUCUAUGCUGUUACUUAUACUGUAAACUCCUUUAACCCUGAACCAUAACCUUCCGCGCGACCUGCUGCAAGCCCACCGAAAUGUAACUACAUGUCGGGGUGUCGCAGCAUCGACUCGAACAGCGUGGAUGGAUGUGGCGUAGGGGGAAAAGGGGCUUCCGGUUACAUCGUGAGUUAGGAAGUAGAUUUCCAGCAGAAGUCCAAAUUAAGCUCAAGAAGACACAGUUAGGCAGAUAUCACACACGUUUGCUGUCAUAAGUCAUUAUUCUCAAUGCUUCACUGUACAUAAAACCUACAUUACAAUGGUUACAUUGAUCAGUUCUGCAGCUUUUUCAAGGUGAAAUACACUACUCACUGAAGCUAAUGAGAAUGUUUAAUUUUAAUUUUAAUUUUUCGAUCAUGCUUUAAAAAAAUGAAAUAUUUUUCUGUUAUACUACAUUUAUUUUUUAGUGUAGAUGUCAUGCGCAUGUUUUUUGUUUUUAGGUGUAGCCUUAAAAUCAGUAUCCAUGUGCAGGUUCAUCCAGGUCAGGGUAGUCUUGAGAGACUAAGGAAAGGAAGGAAAUUGGAUUUCUUUGGGUUUGUGAUGAUGUUUUUCUAAUCAUCCAAGAGGCUUCUUCGGUUCUAAAAAAUGGUAGAGGGUCCAAGUAUUUAGACUCUGGUAAAAGGUAUGAGUCAUUACUGUUACCAGGGAUUAAGGGCUGAAACCAUUAUGAGACCUUUCCCCAAUCCAUCAUGUGACCGACUGAGGUCACCUGAGGUGAGGUAAAUGGUUCUUAAAUGGUGCUUUUCUGCUCAAGCUGUCAAAACACCGUAUGCCACACCCAUUCACACACACACAUGAUACUGAGUUACAUCACUUUUUUCCUGCAUCUAAGUGCUUUUUAACUAACAUUUACAGUCCAGUGAACGCACCGGGAGCAACUCAGCGUUUAGUAUCUUCUUUGGCCAGGUCACACUCACCCCAAUGGUUUGAGUGGGGUCAUUGAAGUUCCUGGGAUGAAUGAAUAAACCCAGAUAGAAAUCAAGUCACUUGGACCCAUAACUUUUGUUUUCAACUUUGACUUUUAGCUGUGCAAGCUGAACACAGCUGCUGUAUGACUUCAGGGAAAAAAGGAUUAGCGUUCCCUUUUAAAAAGAAACACCAUAACAUUUAUAAGCCGGACACACAAAAGGUAUAAACAGGGGCUUCUUUUUGAUUUGAAGUGUUUCUAAAUAAAGACAGGAUGGUUCCGAGGUAUCAUGUGAAACACGUUGUAAUGCUGUCUUUUGUCUGGAAGCUCACUGACUUUGUUUAGUUUGCAGCCAUGAAACUACCCAGUUAGUUGACCUAAAAAGGUGUUUCUCUCAGAAGCAAACCCUUUAGAGCAAUAGCAAUGCAGUUUUAUUAGCAUGGCUGACAUGUUGACUAAACCCUAUACCUCUUGGAUUGUUUAAUAACUUUUACAAAGUGAAAGAUAGUCAGGCAACUGUCGUCUUUGUCAGACUAACAGGUGCCUAUCUGACCUCUUUUUAGGUGUUUUUACUUGGAUACAAUUUAUAACUACAACAAAAGUUUAAAUAAAGCUACAGUUGUCCUCACUUCAUAUGAAAUCUGUGUUUAAACUGAAAAUAAAUAGACACCCUCUUCAGACA